AUGAUUCGGAAUUUUCUAAAUUUUUUGUGGAAUAAUACUAGCUUAAGAUUUUUAAUAAUUAAUACAAUUAUAUUUGCAAUGGACAAGGUUAGAUGUGCCCACUUGCUACUAAAGCACACUGGAUCUAGGAAUCCAGUGAAUAGGAAUACUGGAAUGGCAGUAACAAGAACGAAAGAAGAGGCUGUAAGUGAGAUGAAAGGUUAUUUGGAAAUGCUGAGGAAAUCUGAUAAUCUGGACCAAGAAUUUAGGAGACUUGCAACUGCCAAAUCUGAGUGUUCAAGCGCAAGAAAAGGGGGAGAUUUAGGCUUUUUCGAUAGAAACACCAUGCAAAAACCCUUUACGGAAGCCUCAUUUAAACUUGAGGUUAAUGAGAUUAGUGACCUGGUUGAAACUGACUCUGGAGUACAUCUUAUAUAUAGAAUCGCAUAA